UUGUCUCUCUUGAGGUCUCUGUCUAGUCCUUGUAGGAGGAGGACCUCCAGCUAAUUAGCCUUUGUGAUGCAUCCUUUAGAUGUCUGUUUACUAGAGCUAAACGACGCCCAGCCUCAGCAGACAGCCAGCACACAUGUGAUGUAAGUUCGUCUGUGUGUUACGUAACCUUCUCAAGUUCACUGCUGCAUAAAAAGCAGAGAGCAGCGAAGAGAAGUUUCCCUUCACAGCUGAUGUGCACUUUGGUGAAGGAUCAUAGCCUACCUGUUUGACCGACGAGAUGAAGAAGCUGAUCCUCGACGUGGACACCGGGGUGGAUGAUGCUCAGGCCAUCAUGAUCGCCCUCGCGGCCCCCAACGUGGAGAUCCUGGCGAUCACCUGCAGCCAUGGCAACACACCCCUAGACUACGCCUGCAAGAACACACUGCGUGUCCUCAAAGUCUGCAACAGACUGGAUAUCCCAGUGCACCGCGGAUGUUCAGGGCCACUGCUGGGUCGAACCCGCCACGCUGGAGACUUCCACGGGAAGGACGGGCUGGGUGACGUCCCAGAUCCAGAUGCUCCAGGUCUGGAGCUGCUGCAGAAGAAACAGGCUGCGGAGGCCAUCAUCAAGAUUGUCAACCAACACCCUGGAGAGGUGACUUUGGUUGCCACGGCGCCCCUCACUAACCUGGCCGUCGCAGUACAACUAAACCCUUCCUUCCCGAAGAAGCUGAAGGCCCUUUACAUCAUGGGAGGAAACACUGAAUCCAGGGGUAACACCACAGUGUGUGGAGAGUUUAACUUUGUGGCUGACCCUGAAUCUGCCUACAUUGUGUUGGACCGCUACACCUGUCCCACCUACAUCGCUACCUGGGAGUUCAGCUGCAGGAGCAGCCUGCCGUGGUCUUUCUGCGACACUUGGCUGGCGCAAGACACAGACAAGGCUCGUUUCAUGGAAAAGAUUUCCCUCCACACCCGGAAGAUGGUCCAGACUGAGCGGUAUCAGAAGGAGCUGGUGGGAGGACCUGGGUUCAACUCCUGUGACACUUACGCCUUGGCCGCAGCCAUCGAUGACACUCUGCUGACGGAGAAGGAAGAGGUUGCAGUGACGGUGGAGUUGGAGGGAACCCACGCCCGAGGCAUGAUGGUCGUAGACUACAUGGACCUGCUGAAGAAGAAACACAAGGUCUUCAUCAUGAAGAAAAUUGACGAGGAGAAGUUCAAACAAAUGAUGAUGAAUGCACUGAAAUAGCAUGACAUGUCUGAGUCCCACUAAACACAUACAGUUGUGCUCAUGAGUUUACAUGCCCAUGCUUAAGUUUACUAAGUAAGAGGAAUAAAAAAAAAAUCAUGUUUUGGAAUUCUAUCUUAAU